CUCUCUCUCUCUUCCCCUCGUGAGUCGUUCUCUCUCUCUCCCUUCUAAGUCCAUCUUUCAUCGCUCAGGUUCGAGGAUUAAUGGCGUAAUUGCUAAUUUCUCUUAAGCCUAAAGAUCGAGGAAAUCUUCAAAUGGUUGGUCGGAUCUUGUGGGUUUCUCCGAGUUAACAAAUCGUAUCCCUAAUUGGGCUAGUAUUAUUAUUUUUCACCGGUGAAUCGUGUUCUGAUCGGAUCUGGCCAUGGCCUCCGCGAAGACUGCUCGGUCUAGAGGCGCACAGGUCAAAGAGAAUGGCGUGAAGGUUGAGGAAGGCCUCAAUGUUUUCAAGUCCGAUAAGUUUGAUGCCCAGUCCUACGUACAGUCCCGUUGCUCUCUCAACGAGAAGGAAAUAAAACAGUUAUGCUCAUAUCUUUUGGAUUUGAAGAAAGCUUCCGCUGAGGAAAUGCGUAAAAGUGUUUAUGCUAAUUAUGCGGCUUUCAUACGCACUUCGAAAGAGAUAUCUGAUCUAGAGGGGGAGCUUUCUUCUAUCCGGAAACUGUUAUCUACUCAAGCUGCAUUAAUUCAUGGUCUAGCCGAGGGAGUUCACAUUGAUUCAUUUUCUAAAUCUGCUUCUGACAAUUCAACAGCAAAGUCUCUAUCUAUUGCUGAAGAUAAUGAACCUUCAGACUUGGAGAAAUGGUUAAUAGAGUUCCCUGAUCUCUUGGACGUCUUGUUAGCUGAGAGGAGAGUAGAUGAAGCCUUAGCUGCACUUGAUGACGGAGAACGUGUAGCUUCGGAAGCAAAGGAAACAAAGACAUUGAGUCCUUCUAUGCUCAUGUCUCUACAGACUUCUAUCAUUGAACGCAGGCAAAAAUUGGCUGAUCAGCUUGCUGAAGCUGCUUGCCAGCCUUCUACACGUGGUAAUGAGCUUCGUGCUGCUAUAUCAGCUCUGAAAAAGCUUGGAGAUGGCCCCCGUGCUCAUUCAUUGCUACUGAAUGCACAUUUCCAGCGAUAUCAGUAUAAUAUGCAAAGCCUUCGUCCAUCAAGUACCUCAUAUGGAGGAGCAUAUACUGCUGCUCUCUCACAGCUAGUCUUUUCUGCUAUUGCUCAAGCAGCUAGUGAUUCCCUCACUAUAUUUGGCAAGGAACCAGCUUAUGCUUCCGAGCUUGUGAUGUGGGCAACCAAGCAAACAGAAGCCUUUGCCCUUCUUGUAAAAAGGCAUGCAUUAGCUUCAUCAGCUGCUGCUGGAGGCUUGAGAGCUGCUGCAGAAUGUGUUCAAAUAGCAUUAGGUCAUUGUGCCUUGCUGGAAGCUCGUGGUUUGGCUCUUUGUCCAGUGCUCUUGAAACUUUUUAGACCUAGUGUUGAACAAGCAUUAGAGGCUAAUUUGAAAAGAAUUGAAGAAAGCACCGCUGCCCUGGCGGCAGCUGAUGAUUGGAUACUCACGUACCCUUCGACAGCAACCCGCCAAUCUGGCAGAAUGCCAACUACAUCUGUUGGUAAUACUGCAGCAUUUCAGCAUAAGCUUACAAGUAGUGCCCAUCGGUUUAAUUUGAUGGUUCAGGAUUUUUUUGAGGAUGUUGGACCGCUACUGAGUAUGCAGUUGGGAGGCCAAACAUUGGAAGGUUUGUUUCAAGUGUUUAACUCGUAUGUGAACAUGCUCAUAAAAGCAUUACCUGGUUCGAUGGAGGAAGAAGCAAACUUUGAAGGUUCUGGAAACAAAAUAGUCAGAAUGGCUGAGACUGAAGCUCAGCAGAUUGCGUUGCUGGCAAAUGCAUCAUUGUUAGCAGAUGAACUACUUCCACGUGCAGCUAUGAAACUGUCUCCACUGAAUCAGGGUACUUACAAUGAUGAUCCCCGUAGAAGAAUUUCAGAUAGGCAAAAUCGUCAUCCCGAGCAAAGAGAAUGGAAGAGGCGGUUGGGCAGCUCAGUUGAUAGACUAAAAGAUACCUUUUGUCGUCAACAUGCUCUAGAUCUUAUAUUUAUGGAGGAAGAUGAUAGCCAUCUUACAGCAGACAUGUACAUAAACAUGGAUGGAAAUGUAGAUGACAUAGACUGGUUUCCGUCCCUUAUAUUUCAGGAACUUUUCAUAAAACUGACCAGAAUGGCUACCCUAGCAGCAGAUAUGUUUGUAGGCAGAGAAAGAUUUGCGACAUUGCUAUUAAUGAGACUAACGGAAACAGUCAUCUUGUGGUUGUCCGAUGACCAAAGCUUUUGGGAUGAUAUUGAGGAUGGGCCAAGGUCUCUUGGCCCUCUUGGCCUCCAACAGUUCUACUUGGAUAUGAAGUUUGUCAUAAGCUUUGCUUCACAAGGUCGAUAUUUGUCUCGAAUUUUACAUCGAGGAGUCAAUGAGAUCAUAUCCAAAGCCAUGGCAGCAUUUGCCUCGACAGGGAUGGAUCCCAAUAGCGUGCUGCCAGAAGAUGACUGGUUCAAUGACGUAUGCCAGGAAGCAAUAGAAAGGCUGAGUGGAAAACCAAAGGGCAUCAAUGGCGAACGUGAGCUUAACAGCCCAACUGCUUCUAUUUCAGCACAAUCAAUCUCAUCUGUUAGAUCUCAUGGUAGUUCAUGAGGCAUGGUUCCAUUGUAAAGUUAGACUGCAAAAAGAAGCUACAAUUUGCUGGUACAUCCUUGUGUUCUUAGGAUUUCUCUGCUAUUUUCAGUUCGUCUUUGCUUAUUUUACUUCACAUACGAUCAUACAAGGAUGAACUUACAGUUCUAUGGUUGCGAAGUCGUUCUAUACGAGUGAUUUGAGUUUUGUAUGCAUUGAUUGCACUAUGUCACCUCGAGUCCAAGUUUGUACAUUCUUUAUUAUGUGAAUGAAUUUGAAACAUGUUGAAAUCUGUAAUUAUGGACUGCAUUAACAGAUCAUAUGUCCUCAAUAUGAUCCAUGCAUCCAGGGAUUUACAUAUCUUUACGACUUUUACCUUUCA